ACCUGAUAUACAGAAUAAAUCUGAGAUUAUCUUCUCUCUUUUUUUUUCUUUUUCUUUUCUGCCUUUUAUACUGUGUGCAGGACGAAAUCUUCAUGUUUAUAGUUGCUGUUGGGCAAAACUCAUCAUACUGCAUUUAUCUGAUGACAAAACUCAAGCUUAAAGACAUUAAUUCCCUAUAAAAACUACUCUUCCAAACUAUUAGUGUUCCAAACACCACUUUGUAUCAAAAACCUGACCUGUUUGACAAACUAAUAUAAUAACCUCGCCGUCGUAUAAGCCUACAAUUAAUUUUACAUAAUCUAACAUUUUUAUGUCAAAUUCAACUCAAAGUCGAAUACAAUAUUUUUGUUGCUACACGGAAAAAACUUUAUCUAUCCAUUGAUUAGAUAACCCACGUACUACCCCGAUCCGAGAUACCAAACCUUAUUUAUUUCACAUUUUUAAUAUAUUUUUGGCAGUCAUCUACUCAUCUCCCUUAAAAUCUCAACACUACUUUUCCUUACGUUUUCCAUUAUAAUCUCUCUCUUCAAAUUACAGUAUGAACGAAGAACAGCGUUCCCUUCUUCUACAAUCUUCCUCCCACUUCCCACCCCCUAAAGGGGUGAAAUUAUCCUAUGGAACAGCAGGAUUCAGAGCAGAUGCAACACUUCUAAGAUCAACGGUGUACAGAGUAGGAAUCUUGGCUGCUUUAAGAUCUCUGAAAACUCAAUCAGUGAUUGGAUUGAUGAUCACAGCUUCACAUAACAAGGUUUCUGAUAAUGGAGUCAAAAUAGCAGACCCUAAUGGUGGAAUGUUGUCUCAACAAUGGGAGCCCUUUGCUGAUGCACUUGUUAAUGCUUCUGAUCCCAAUCAACUUCUUCAGCUUAUUGAUGAUUUCGUGAGGAAAGAGGGCAUCUCAUUUGAUAAUGGCCGGCCAGCAGAGAUCUUGCUGGGAAGAGACACUCGGCCCAGCGGAGAAUCGCUCGUUGAUGCUGCAAGACAAGGUAUCAGCUCUAUAAUCGGUGCAAUCUCCCAUGAUAUGGGCGUUUUAACCACACCACAAUUACAUUGGAUGGUCCGUGCCAGGAACAUGGGUAUAAAAUCAACUGAGCAUGAUUACUUUCAGCAGCUCUCACAUUCUUACAAGUGCUUAGUGGAGUUGAUCCCAAAUGGAAAAGAUGCGAGCAAAUCCAAUGAUAAAGUGGUGGUUGAUGGGGCUAAUGGAGUAGGAGGUGAUAAACUUGAAGUAUUGAAAGAUUUAUGUGGUGGUCUGAUAAUAGAAGUGAGAAAUUCCAGCAAAGGAGAAGGUGCUCUGAAUGAAGGAGUCGGAGCUGAUUUUGUGCAGAAAGAGAAGGUUGUACCUUCUGGGUUCAGCCCUAGUGAAAUUGGCCUGAGGUGUGCAAGUUUAGAUGGUGAUGCAGAUAGGCUUGUGUACUUUCUUCUGCAACCAGACAGUAAGAUGAUUGACCUUGUUGAUGGUGACAAGAUGUUAUCAUUGUUUGCUCUUUUUAUUAAAGAGCAAUUAAAUGUUCUCAAAGACAACGAAAAUGAAACACCUUGUGAUCCUUAUCGUCCAAGUCUGGGCAUAGUGCAAACUGCCUAUGCCAAUGGGGCAUCAACCUCUUAUCUGAAGAAAUUGGGGUUAGAUAUUUUUAUCACUCCAACUGGAGUAAAGUAUUUACAUGAAAAGGCUUCUGAAUAUGAUAUUGGUAUAUACUUUGAAGCAAAUGGCCAUGGCACCAUAUUGUUUUCUGAUAGAAUUCUAUCUUGGUUGGAGGCUAGAAAUAGUGAGCUCUCUUCCUCUUCUACAGAAAGUCAAAAGGCGGUGUUGAGAUUAUUAGCUGUCAGUAAGUUGAUCAAUCAGGCCGUUGGUGAUGCAUUGAGUGGAUUGCUAUUGGUGGAAGCUAUCCUACUACAUACAGGAUGGUCAAUUCAGAAAUGGAAUGAACUCUAUAUAGAUCUGCCUAGCAGACAGCUUAAGGUCAAGGUUGUCGACAGAACAGCUGUUGUCACUGCAAAUGCUGAGACUGUAGUUGUGCAGCCUGCUGGCAUCCAAGAAGCAAUUGACACUGAAACUGCAAAGUAUUGUCAUGGCCGAUGUUUUAUCCGACCCUCGGGUACAGAGGACGUCAUUCGGGUGUAUGCAGAAGCUGCCUCCCAAGAAGAGGCCGAUAGUCUAGCUAAUGCAGUAGCAAAGAUUGUAGAUCAGUUCCUUGGAUCUGGUAGCUCUCAAUGAACAAGUUGCUGCUUCGCCAUCUCGCUUUUAUCGUUCCAGAAACAAUUGUUACAUCCUUUUUACCUCAGCUAAUCCCUUUCUAGAAAUCCUUAAUCUUCGUUGAAGACCCUUUUUUUUUUGUUAAACGUUUUACUGAUUUGGUUAUAUGUUUAAUUCAUUUCCUUGAUUGAA